UAAAGGCAGCAAAAUACCUCAGAGGAAGCUUGCAGGGGAAGGUGUUCAACCACAAGGAAUCUGUGGGACACAGCAGGACAGGUUGGCUGGGAGGCAAGCAGGGAUCCUGGUGUACUGGGAGCCAAGACUUUGCUUAAGCCGAGGGAGCCGCCAGUCCUCAACACCUACAUCCCACUAAGGAGCCCUGAGACGGUGGGGUCUCUGGUCUACUGGAAGCUGAGAAAUUUGGAUAAGCCUAACAUUUAGAGGUGGCCACCGACAGGUUCUCCACGCCUGGAUUGUGGCAUCAGAAGCCCUCUCAGAGGCUCAGCAGCUGCCCCAGGACACUGUGAUCUCCUCAGUUAAGGCUGCUUUCCGAGCUCCAUCGCGUUAACACGUCCUUCCCAGGAUCCAGAGACUCAGAGCUGAGACACUGGGACCCUGCUAGAGAGACCACAUCAUCAUCCUGACCUCUCCUGUGCUGUCAAAGUAGACAGAGUCUGUACCUGGAUACAUCACUCUUAGGUCAAGUGUGCCACUGGGAACAAGACCCAGUUAACUAAAAGGGGACUGUCACCAAGACCUGCAAAGAGCCACUAAAGAUAAGGGUACCAUGGGUUUUAACCUAAUGAUGUUGUUUUAUCUGGCUAUAUUUCCUUCUGUUCUUUCCUGGAAUCUAAACUGGAGACCCCUAGGUCCCCAGGAUCCUAAACUGAUCAAACCAGCCGUUAAGGCAUGGAAGUUCCGGGUAAUUGCCUUAGAAAAUCUCAACAAGACCAUAGCCUAUACAUUCUGUCCGGUGACAGGAUGUGCUAGUACUAUAAGCCUCACCUUUGAUAUAAGGGACACCUGCCAAGGGAAAUGUAUACAGGAGCUCUACAAUGCUAUGACCUCUCCUAUAUAUGUUUGUUUCAUGUAUGAGCAAACACGCUCAGACUGUAAAGACCCGAAUUAUGGAGGAUGUCCGCACUGGGGCUGCAAAUAUCACAGUACUUGGCCCAGAUGGGGAGGAGAAAAUCCAUCUAGACUCAACUCGGUUGAUUGGCAUACUAGAGUCACCUACUCGAUCCCUGACCCCUGGAAUGACAGAUGGAGAACAGGGGUAGAGGGUCAUAUCUACAGACAUAAUGAGAAGGAUACAGGCUAUGACAGGAAGACUAAGAUACUCAUCUUUAGAAGUUUAGAGAUAUAUAGACCUUCAUAUUCCUCUGUUUGAGUGCUAUAACCAAACCAGCUACUAAACCUGCUCCUGGCCCUGUUGGUGAUGUCACAGGCUGACAUCACUUUGUGUUACCACCACCUUUCUCUCUCUCUCUCUUCCCACUAACCCUACUUCUCCGGCCUCCUUUGAAUGUCUAAUGACAUGUUAAUAUCAGUAUACUUGCUCAUGAAUGUUACUAACUCAAAUGUUAUGCCUGAUUGUUGGUCCUGAACCUUACAAAACUCUCACACUAUGUAGGACUCACCAUAAAUCAGAAGCCCAUUCAGCCAUUCUCUUUGCCAAUUGUCCAUGGGUACGUCUUUCCACUCAAGCAUCAAAUUUCUUCACGUAGGCCAAAUCCAAGGUGAGGGAACCCAUUUCUACUCAAAGAGCUAUGAUAUAUCUAAAUCCCCCUUUAAGAAUAAAUGAAGGUUCUCCAUAAA